CGAAUGCGAUGUCACUUACAAAACAUUGACUAGCAAGUGUUUGUUGUUCUACAAUUUUUUUUGAGUAUUAUGUUUCAUCUCAGCUAUUGGUUUCGUCGCCAGUGCUUGAUAUACUCUAGAUGAAAUAAGACGUUAUUAUAUACACACUUUUACUACUAACAGUUCUCGACGAUAACUUAUCAACUCUAAAUUAAUUAUUACAAGAAAAUGUAAAUUUAAUUAAGCAUUCAAUUUUUAUAAAUACAAGAAAUUUAAAGUGAAAAUCAUGAUGAAAUUAUUAAAACAGCUUUUAAGUAUUUAUUUAUUUAUCGCUGUAAAAACUGCUACUGACAAUGAUUUUAAUAAUGAUUAUAACACAUACACUAAAAUACGUCAUCAUUCCAAUAGAGGAAUAAUAGACACAAUGCGUUAUGAUGUUCAAUUAAUACCACUUAUCAAUGUAGAGGACUUUUACGACAGGAAUAUUUAUGGUAGAUUCGUAUCAUAUAUUAACGAUCAGCUGGAAAAAAACUUUAUUUAUUAUGGUGAAUCUACCAUAUUUUUUAAAGUUAAAAUUAAGACAAAUAGCAUACGUUUGAAUGCGUUAAACAUGGAAAUAGAAGAAGACGCGACACAAGUGAUUUUUUCUUCCGAUGGUAUUAAUGAUAUAAUUUAUACACCAAUAAUGCAAUUACAUGAUAUAGAAUCAGAAACUAUUAUUCUUUAUUUUAUUGAUAAUUUCGUACCAUCUUAUUCUUAUCGCCUAAUCAUAAAAUUUGUCAGUAUUAUAACUAAUAACACAGCAGGCUUCUUCCAAAUGUCCUACAUAAAUGAAACAGGAGGAAAUGUGAAUAUGAUCGCAGUAAUCGAUUUACGAGUACCUGGAGCUCAUCUUGCAUUUCCAUGCUGGGACCAAUCGGAUUUCAAAACUAAUUUUACCAUUUCUAUAAAAUUUAAUGAAAAUUACAUUGCUCUGUCGAACAUACCGAAUGUCGAAAAGAUUACGGAUGACGAUAUAGUUUUUACAUAUUUCAAUUCGACUGAUAAUACAUCCCCUUAUAUCAUAGCGUUUAUAUUGUCGGAUCUCGAACGUGUGUCUGAUGAAAACUUCGAACAGCGUUUCAUCGAUAUGUGGUGCAGACCAAAUGUAGUAGAACAAUUAGAAUAUGCACUGAACAUUGCCAAGAACAUAAGCUUAGCAAACUUAAAUUACGAUUUCUUCGCUGUGCAUUCAUUAUUAGAUCUUAUUGUAAUUCCUGAUUUUCAAGAUAAUAUCAUGGAAAGUUUCAGACUUUAUUUUUUAUAAUGAGGCAGCUAUUAUUUAUACUGAAACAUUAGAUUCGUUUGACACGAAA